AUGCCAAUAGAAAGUGGAAGUUGUGCAUCUGCUCGCCAAGCAAAGCAGAAACGUAAAUCGCACAGUCUUUCCAUCCGGAGAACCAACAGUUCCGAGCAGGACCGGGCAGGACUGCAGAGAGACAUGUUGGAAGGGCAGGAUUCUAAGCUACCAUCUUCUGUCCGGAAUACGCUCCUUGAACUUUUUGGACAAAUAGAACGGGAGUUUGAGAACUUGUAUAUUGAAAAUUUGGAAUUACGCAGAGAGAUUGAUACACUGAACGAGCGUUUAGCAGGUGAAGGACAGACAAUUGAUGGAGCUGAACUGAGCAAAGGACAACUGAAAACAAAAGCCAGUCAUAGUACCAGUCAGCUUUCUCAGAAAUUAAAGACAACUUACAAGGCAUCUACUAGCAAGAUUGUAUCCAGUUUUAAAACUACAACGUCAAGGGCAAUCUGUCAACUGGUAAAGGAAUAUAUUGGCCACAGGGAUGGUAUUUGGGAUGUCAGUGUCGCGAAAACUCAACCAGUGGUAUUGGGAACUGCAUCUGCUGAUCACACUGCUUUGCUGUGGAGCAUAGAAACAGGGAAGUGCCUUGUCAAGUAUGUAGGGCAUGUUGGAUCAGUAAAUUCCAUAAAGUUUCAUCCAGCUGAGCAAGUGGCUCUUACAGCAUCUGGAGACCAGACAGCUCACAUCUGGAGGUACAUGGUACAGUUGCCUGCACCUCAGCCAACUGCAGACUGCAAUCAAAUGUCUGGAGAAGAUGAAGUUGAGUUCUCAGAUAAAGAUGAACCUGAUGGAGAUGGAGAUGGUUCUAGUGAUUGUCCCACUGUCCGAGCCCCAUUAACUUCACUCAAAAGCCAUCAAGGAGUGGUCAUAGCAGCCGACUGGCUUGUUGGGGGAAAGCAAGCUGUGACAGCGUCAUGGGACAGGACAGCCAAUCUGUAUGAUGUAGAGACUUCUGAACUUGUCCAUUCUCUUACAGGGCAUGACCAAGAGCUAACACAUUGUUGUACACAUCCCACCCAGCGUCUUGUGGUGACAUCAUCACGCGAUACAACCUUCCGUCUGUGGGAUUUCAGAGAUCCUUCUAUCCAUUCUGUGAAUGUCUUUCAGGGCCACACAGAGUAA